AUAUAAGAUCGUAGAUCUAAACUUGUUUUGGGCUUUUCGCGGAAAAAGUCAUAAGUAAUUAUGCAGAAAAUCAAUUGCAACCAGUCAAUGAUGCUAUCAAGUACCAUUCUUCAUACACAGAUGAUAUAUUCAAAAGUGUCAAAUUACUGGAUGGUAUCAGUUUGACUGGAUAACAUUGUGCAGAAGUGUUGAACCGGUCCAUCGCUAAAGAUAUACCCUCACCCCAUAGGAAUUCAUACAAAAGAUGGGGUCCCGCACAAAACUUGAAAUGGAGGACUGAUGACUAAUUUUAUAAUUCUGGCUUCUAAAAUAUUAAGAAGAACUCUGGCUUUUUCCAAGAAAUCGGCAACAAAUGCAGUACCAACGGUUUCACCAAACAGGAAAACUAAGCCCAAGAGCCACAUAAUGAAAAGACUCUUAGGCACUAGAUUCUUCACCCGUCUCCUGCUUCUAGUCUGUUCUCUAAGUUUGCUCAGCAUCCUUCUUCUCAGCAAGUGCGGCCUGGAGAGUUUGAAGUAUUCGAACACGGAGGAUUCGUCGAACGAAGAUCAGCAGUCGUCAGCCUCCGAACUAUCCGGUAUUCAAGCCGUUCUAUCCAACAAAGAGCUUUCUUCUAAAUUACCGCAGCAGGAAUCGUCCGCAGGAGUUCUUUCGGACAACAGCGCAUCCUUACAGCAGCUGCUACAACAAAGGGAGGAGGAAAGUAGGGUUGAAAUAGAAAGGCUCACAGCGGAGAUCAAAGCGUUAAAAUUGCAGCUGCUACAAUACACUAACAAUAAUUCAAAUCGAAACCAUCACUUCAACGGCAUCUCAUCGAACAGUAUAUCGGACGUCUCUCAGAGUCCUCUCAUAACAAACACCGAGUGUUCAAACUACAUCAAAAAACAAAUAAUGCAAGCGGAGAUCUUCCAUGGCACGCCACUGAACAACGAAUACGAACUGAUACCCUUCAAUCAUUUCACCUACAGCAGAGUUUAUCCUUCGGAUUUGGGAUUGGGCAAAAGGGUGGUAGAAAAACCGAUAGGAUACAAGCGUAAAGAUAUUUUAGAGGCUCUGAUGAAAGGGCUGGAAACUCUGAAUAAAAACAUUACUGAAAAAAUCAGGAGGUACACUCUGGACGAUUUUUUGGAGGGAUUGUACAGGAUCGAACCGACGACUGGAACACAGUUCGAACUAUAUUUUAAAACUAAGCUGGUGAAUAAGACAGUGGUGGAACACGGAAUUAAUUUAAACGGCUUUACCAAGAUCGUUGUAAUGAGACCUUUUGCACCAUUGCAGACUAUAUCAACUAAGUUCUUACCAGGACCCAAAGACAAAGAACUGAUACAUAUUAUAUUGCCACUAAGUGGUAGAACUGCAACUUUUCAAAAUUUUAUGGACAAAUUUGUAAAAAUUGGACUAAAGAAUGACAGGAGAGUUCAUUUGACUGUGGUAUAUUUUGGCGAGGAAGGAUUGUCUGAAGCUAGAAGUAUAAUGUCUAGAGUUCUGAUGACAAAAAAUUCAGGAGGAAAUGCCAAUAAUUUAAGGCUACUAGCGUUAAAUGAAACAUUUUCAAGAGGAAAAGGUCUACGUGUAGGUGCGGAGAGAGCGCUAGAUUAUAGUACGGUUCGUACGACGCAAAAUGCUCAGAAAAUAAUUCCAAUAUCGAAUCAGAACCAAAAAAGUUCAAAAAAAGACGUACUGCUCUUUAUGUGUGACGUCGACAUAGUAUUUAGUGCGCGAUUUCUAGAUAGGUGUCGAUGGAACACUAAACCUGGUAAAAAGGUUUAUUAUCCUGUAGUGUUUAGUUUGUAUAAUCCGCACGUUGUAUAUACUUUGCAAGGCAAAGAGGUGCCACCCGAAAACGAGCAGUUAGUGAUAUCACGUGAUACGGGAUUCUGGAGAGACUUUGGAUACGGAAUGACGUGUCAAUAUAGAUCCGACUUUCUGAAGGUGAAAGGGUUUGAUGAAGAUAUAGUUGGAUGGGGAGGGGAAGACGUGAUGUUGUACAGAAAAUACGUCACCAGUAACGUCAAAGUUAUACGAGCAACCGAUCCUGGCAUUUUCCACAUAUGGCAUCCAAAGGUUUGCUCGGGAGGACCUGGCGGACAGAAAUUGUCAGCUGACCAAUAUCGAGCAUGCAUUAGGUCACGUGCUCUCAACGAAGCAUCACACGCGCAGUUGGGUUUCCUAGCCUUCAAGGACGACAUCGCAGCCAAUAGCAGUCCUUCAAAAUAUCCAGUUCAUCCGCUUAAACCUAUGAAAAGUUCUGCUUUUAGAAGUAAGGCUUUUAAUAAAUCGAACGGUAAGUGAUGAGAGAUCUGUAAUGAACGUGAAUUAAUACAGGGUGUAACAAAAUUACAUACACAAAUAAAACUAACCGAAUGAUUAGUAUAUUAAUAACAAAUUUAGGGAAGU